GUUAACUGUAGGUUUGUCAAACAAGCAUAAUCAUUCCGGUUUGUAUAUUACCAGUAACUAAUUGUUUAAUAUUUUGGAUUAAAAAUGACUAGGCACUUUUUAUUUGGUGGGUCUUCAUCGUCUCAGUCGCAAAACAAGAAUUUAGUUGAGUUUCGAGCUGGUAAAAUGACUAUGAAAAACAUGAAAGUAAGUGCUGAUAAAAGAAAAGGCUUAGUAUUCAUUUAUCAAAGCGAUGAUUCCCUAAUGCAUUUUUGCUGGAAGGACCGCACUACUGGUGUCGUCGAAGAUGAUCUUAUCAUAUUUCCUGAUGAUACAAUUUUCAAAAGAGUUCCAGAGUGUACCACUGGAAGAGUGUAUGUGCUCAAAUUCAAGUCAUCUUCUAGGAGGUGUUUCUAUUGGCUUCAGGAACCUAAAACAGAUCGUGAUAGUGAAUACUGUGUAAAAGUGAAUUCAUACUUAAAUCAUCCACCUGCUGCUGGAUCUUCUCGUAGUGGUGCGAGUGGUUCUAUGGGUGGCUCAUCCACCCCUUCACAAAGUGGAGGUGGUCUUCAAUCUGAACUGAGCUCUUUGGGAGAUAGUGACUUGCAAAAUCUUCUUAAUAACAUGAGCCAACAGCAGUUACUUCAGCUUUUGGGUGGCGUUGGAGGCAUGGGUAAUAUGCCAAGCUUAAGUUCUCUUUUGGGAGCUAGUAGACCAUCUAGUGGCCAAUCUGCUUCUUCUAAUUCAGAAUCCUCACACAGUGCUGUUGAAACAACUCAGCCUUCCAGGACACCUCAAACUUCUGUUACAAUUACUCAGCCAGCGGAUACUACCACACCAGCCCCAGCUACUGCAAGUUCUUCUAUUCAACUAAGUGAUUUGCAGAAUAUUUUAUCUGGUCUUAGCGUGCCAACUCAAGCAGAAAGUUCCCAGAAGCCAUCUGUUGAUUUGUCUUCAGCUAUUACUGCAGAAGCUUUACAGCCACUUUUCAAUAAUCAAGAGCUGAUGGAGAGAGUUCGAAAUCUACUUCCUCCAUCAACUGAGAUUGCUUCACCAGGACCUAGUGACCAGCUGCGUUCUACUGUGCAGUCACCUCAAUUUCAACAGGCCCUAGGAAUGUUUAGUGCUGCUCUGCAGUCAGGUCAGCUUGGUCCUUUGAUGCAACAGUUUGGAAUGUCAGAAGAUGUUGUUACUGCUGCCAAUUCUGGUGAUAUGGAUGCCUUUGUUCGAGCUUUACAGAGCUCAAAAGAGUCUUCUGAAAGCAGUAAAGAUAAAAAGGAUCAGGAUAAAGAUGAAGAUAUGGCUUUAGAUUAAGAUUUGUGUAUUUUAUUUAUUUGAUAAUAACUAGUUGUAUUAUCUAUCAUUCAUGAGGGAAUAAAAUAAGUUUGAAUAUCAA